AUGGCUUUGACUAACAUCAUCAGGAGGACUGCUUCUCGGGUUGUACCCUUGGUUGCUCAGGUCAUCGGUAGAACACAGGGUUGCCGCCAUCAUCGAUCCUUUGCUCUUUUCUCUACUAUAGCUAACCGUAGUGCUGCUUCUAGAAACUUCUUUCACAGCUUAGUACUGUCUACCCUUCAUUGCUAUUCUACUAAGAGGCCCAGUUUUGAUGAGUCACUCAUCAAGGUCAUUCAAUCUGAAAUCCUAUGUGCUGAGUCAGUCAACGAACAAGACGAGGUUGACAAGGCUGCUCCUGAGGGUUUCCCCUUUAAGAUUGAACAUCAUCCUGGACAACAAACUAUAACAUUGACAAGAGAGUAUCAAGGUGAAUCUAUUGUUGUUGAAGUUCACAUGCCUGACCUUAUUUCUGGCAGUGAAGAUGAGAAUGACGGCAAUGCUGAGGAUGACCGUGAAAGUGGAAAUCAAUCCCAAAUUCCUCUCGUCAUUAGGGUGUCUAGGAAGAAUGGACUAUCUUUGGAGUUUAGUCUCACAGCUUAUGAUGAUGAAAUUUUAAUUGAAAGUUUGUCAAUCAAGGAUCCUAAAGUUGCUGAGGAUCAUAUUGCUUAUGAAGGACCUGAUUUCUCGGAUUUGGAUGAGAACCUCCAAAAGGCUUUCCACAAGUAUUUGGAGAUUAAGGGGUUCAAACCCAGCACAACUAACUUCUUGCAUGAGUACAUGAUCAACAAGGACACCAGGGAAUAUGUCAUGUGGCUUAAGAAUCUGAAGAAAUUUAUUGACGAAUAG